AUGAGUUCCAUUGGUACUGGAUACGAUUUAUCUGCUUCUCAAUUUUCACCUGAAGGCAAGGUUUUUCAAAUUGAAUAUGCAUACAAAGCAGUGGAAAAUAGUGGAACUGCUGUUGCGCUUAAGGGCAAGGAUGGUGUUGUAUUUGCGGUCGAAAAUAUAGUUCUAUCUAAGCUUUACGAGCCUGGGUGCGUAAAGCGAACCUUCUCAAUAGACGAACAUAUUGGAAUGGUUGUUGCUGGUCUACAGUCAGAUACGAAAGCCCUUGUUGAAAUCGCAAGGGAUGAAUGCAAAAGUUACAGGGAGAAUUUCGGGUCACCUAUUCCUGUCAAGUCUCUCUGUGAGCGCAUUUCAAUGCACAUGCACGCGUACACACUUUACAGCGCCAUUCGACCCUUCGGCGUCUCUAUUCUUCUCGGCUCUUAUGAAAAGGAUGGUGCUCACCUUUAUGUUAUUGAACCCUCUGGAAUGUACUAUGUAAGCUUGGCGGCAGCUCCUAAUGUUCAAGUUCCUGGUUCUUUACUACGUAAUGCAUUUGGUAGAUCAUGCGCACGCAUUCGACCCUCUGAUUCUGAGAUUAUUCUCUCCUUAAAUGCAUUUAAGGCUUAUGAGGGGUGUGCGAUUGGAAAGGCUAGGCAGAACGCCAAAACUGAGUUGGAGCAAAUUAAACUCGGAGAUAUGGAUAUUCAGCAACUCAUUAAAGAGGCAGCAAAAGUUAUUUACACUGUGCACGACGAAAUCAAGGACAAGAAUUUCGAAUUGGAUCUAAGUUGGGUUGGUUCUAAAACCGACAACCGGCAUCAAGUCGUUCCUCCUGAAGUUCAUAAAGAAGCCGAAGACUAUGCCAAACGUUCUCUCGAAGAAUCAGGUGAUCUUGACGAGGAAAUUGGCAUGUUAUAA